GUGCCCGCCAAGAACAGGACAUAUUUGUGCGUCUCAUCGAUUCGGUGACCAAGCAAGCUAUCAUCUAUGAAGGCCAAGAUAAAAAUCCGGAAAUGUGCCGGGUGUUGUUAACACAUGAAGUUAUGUGCAGCCGCUGUUGUGACAAAAAAAGUUGCGGCAACCGCAAUGAAACACCAUCGGAUCCUGUCAUUAUUGAUCGCUUCUUUUUGAAAUUCUUUUUAAAGUGUAAUCAAAAUUGUUUGAAAAAUGCUGGCAAUCCACGAGAUAUGCGAAGAUUUCAGGUUGUCAUUUCCACCCAGGUGAGCGUGGAGGGCCCUCUGCUGGCCAUUUCGGAUAAUAUGUUUGUGCACAAUAACUCAAAACAUGGCCGGCGUGCCAAACGUUUGGAUACCACGGAAGGUACAGGCAAUCACUCCCUGUCCAUAACGGGACAUCCCCUUGCGCCUGACAGUACCUAUGAUGGUCUCUAUCCGCCCUUACCCGUGGCCACACCCUGCAUCAAAGCCAUAUCACCCAGUGAGGGUUGGACAACAGGUGGCGCUACUGUCAUCAUUGUUGGUGAUAAUUUCUUUGAUGGCCUCCAGGUGGUAUUCGGUACAAUGUUGGUUUGGAGUGAAUUGAUCACAUCGCAUGCCAUACGCGUACAGACCCCACCUCGACAUAUACCGGGAGUUGUUGAGGUUACCCUAUCGUAUAAGAGUAAACAGUUUUGUAAGGGUUCACCGGGUCGUUUUGUUUAUGUGUCUUUAAAUGAACCCACCAUUGAUUAUGGUUUCCAACGUUUGCAAAAAUUAAUACCCCGCCAUCCCGGAGAUCCAGAAAAACUACAAAAGGAAAUUAUUUUGAAAAGGGCUGCCGAUCUUGUGGAGGCUUUAUACUCAAUGCCAAGAUCCCCUGGCGGUUCAACUGGCUUCAACUCCUAUGCUGGACAAUUGGCCGUGAGCGUACAAGAUGGUUCCGGCCAAUGGGCUGAAGAUGAUUAUCAGCGGACCCAGUCGAGCAGUGUUAGUCCACGUGGAGGCUAUUGCAGCAGUGCCUCAACACCCCAUAGUUCGGGAGGAUCAUAUGGUGCCACCACCACAGCUGGUUCAAAUGGUUAUGGAGCCACAACCAAUAUGGGUACGUUGUCCACUUCCCCGGGCAGUGUCUUCAAUUCCACUUCAAUGUCCAGCACCUGGCAUCAAGCCUUGGUCCAACAUCAUCAUACACAUCCGCAUCACUAUCAUCAUCCCCACCAGCCAUGGCAUAAUACAGCCGUAUCCGCAGCCACAGCAGCCGUUUAAAUUCAAAUAUCCAGGAUCCUGUAU